AUGGAAAAGAGCCAAGUAAUAGAGCUAUUCAAGGAAAGCUCUGUUGAGGGCUUGAGUAGCCUAAGCAAAGAAGAGAAAAAGUACUUCUGGCUGCAGACAAGGCUCCUUGGAUGGCGUAUAGAGGACAGCAUAACAAUAGACACGGUUUACAAUGUAUAUACAGAGGCAGUGAAAAAUCAUAGAAAAAUUAUGGAGCUAAUUAGAAGAAGUGACAAAAAGUUGCUAUUGCAUCAUUUGCAAGCAAAUCUCACAGAGAUAGAGCUAAGUGAGGUGCUAGAGCACAUUUACAAUAAAUAA